CGGGGAGGGAGGGGAGCGGAGCAGCAGUGUAGGAAAAGAGGAGGAAGCAGCAAGGAUGGCGGAGUCACACCUCUGAAGCCACAACAGAGGGAUUAUAAAAAAACUUGGUGAACUUUGCAGCCUGAAAGAACUUGUCUCUGGAGGUCCUGGGAUUGUAUGUAGUUCAAACACUUAAGCAUGUGGCUCAUGGAUGCCACGAUCCAGAUCCAGCUACUUCAAAGGAUUUUUUCUCCUAUGGCAUUUUAACAACGGAACAAAGUAUCAUAAGUAUCCAAAAAAAAAAAACCUUUGGAUCACAAAACCUUUAUUUGAAGGGUGAUCAUAAAUGUGUGGGCCUGCACAGGGAUGUUUUCUUUAAAGGCCUCCUUGGCUGUUGUUGUCCCUUUUAUUCUGAAUAAAUAACCUGACAAGAGAGACUCUCAUGAGCAACUCUGCAGGAGGCCCGAUAACGUCGACAUGAGUAGUACUUUAGGUAAAGAAAAAGAUUCAAAAGAAAAGGACCCCAAAGGUGGUCCAGCGGGUAAAGAAAGGGAAAAGGAGGCCAAGGCUUUGGCGAGCCUAGUCAAGGAUGGGGGCAAAGAAGCUAAGACCAAAGGGAAAGAUGCCAAAGAAGGAAAGAAGGACACUAGCAGCUCAACACCGGGUGUUGCCUUCUCUGUUGACAAUACGAUAAAGCGGCCAAACCCGGCACCAGGUACACGCAAGAAAUCCAGUAAUGCAGAGGUGAUCAAAGAGCUCAACAAAUGUCGGGAGGAGAACUCAAUGAGACUGGACCUAUCCAAACGGUCCAUUCACAUGCUGCCCACCUCCAUUAAGGAGUUGACGCAGUUGGCUGAACUCUACCUAUACAGCAACAAGCUGCAGAGCCUGCCAGCUGAGGUGGGCUGCCUAUCGGGUCUGGUCACUCUGGCCCUCAGCGAGAACUCUCUGACCAGUUUGCCUGACUCCUUGGACUGCCUGAAAAUGCUUCGAAUGCUCGACCUCCGGCACAACAAGCUGAGAGAGAUACCAGCUGUCGUCUAUCGACUGACGUCUCUGACCACUCUGUACCUGCGCUUCAAUCGCAUCACAACUGUGGAGAAGGACAUCCGAAACCUAUCCAAGCUCACCAUGCUUAGCAUCCGAGAGAACAAGAUUAAACAGCUACCUGCAGAGAUAGGGGAGCUAUGCAGCCUAAUUACUCUCGAUGUUGCUCAUAAUCAAUUGGAACACCUACCGAAGGAGAUUGGAAAUUGCACACAGAUAACCAACCUUGACCUGCAGCACAAUGAGCUCUUGGACCUCCCAGAGACUAUAGGCAAUCUUGCAAGCAUAAAUCGCUUAGGUCUGAGAUACAAUAGAUUGUCAGCUAUUCCCAAAUCAUUAGCCACAUGUCGAGAACUGGAGGAGCUAAAUCUUGAAAACAACAACAUUUCUGUGUUGCCAGAGGGCCUGCUGUCAAGUUUGGUAAACCUGACAAGUUUAACGCUGGCGAGGAACUGCUUCCAGUCAUACCCUGUGGGUGGGCCGUCCCAGUUCUCCACCAUUUAUUCCCUCAACAUGGAGCACAACCGUAUAAACAAGAUCCCCUUUGGGAUAUUCUCCAGGGCCAAAGUGUUGAGCAAGCUUAACAUGAAGGACAACCAGCUGACAUCUCUGCCGUUGGAUUUUGGCACAUGGACUACCAUGGUUGAGCUUAACCUGGCCACCAAUCAGCUGACUAAGAUCCCAGAGGAUGUCUGUGGACUUGUCUCCCUUGAGGUGUUAAUAUUGUCCAAUAAUCUUCUCAAGAAGUUACCGCAUGGUAUUGGGAAUUUGAGAAAGUUACGAGAACUUGACUUGGAGGAAAACAAGUUGGAAUGUCUACCUAAUGAAAUCGCUUACCUUAAAGAUUUACAGAAAUUGGUGUUGACAAAUAAUCAGCUGACAACGUUACCCAGAGGCAUCGGCCAUCUCACCAACCUGACUCAUCUUGGUUUGGGGGAGAACCUCCUGCAACACCUUCCUGAAGAGAUUGGCACACUGGAGAACCUGGAGGAACUGUACCUCAACGACAACCCCAACCUGCACAGCCUCCCGUUCGAGCUGGCCCUCUGCAGCAAGCUGUCCAUCAUGAGCAUCGAGAACUGUCCCCUGACCCACCUGCCGCCUCAGAUCGUUGCAGGAGGACCUUCCUUCAUCAUCCAGUUCCUCAAGAUGCAAGGACCAUACCGUGCCAUGGUCUGAGCCAAGAGCAGCUCGAUGCCAGUCCUGCUAACUCCAAACCCUCUGAUCGCUCUGCACCCUUUUCGCCUGCCCGCCCCCACUACGUGUAUCAUACACUGUAAAGAAAACAGACUCGCCAGCGUUGGUGUCGGGGGUGUGAAUUCAAGGAGGAGGUUGAUGAGGAAAACAUUUCUUUCACCAUCCUUGGGCAGAAAUAAGGCGAAUUUUUAGAAACUUGACUUCUGUGAUGCUCCAGAGUUUAUCACGGUCAUUUUAGGACCCCAGCAACCACCAAGCCCCCUCUCAUCUGUCAUUCCAAAUCAUGCGAGAGGAAAAUAUUUCCAUCUAUUUGCCAAAACUGAAGAUAUAUAAAGUUAUAUAUAUUGAGUAACUGUGAGCUAAGUGGCAAGUCUUUCAACCAUAUAAACCGUGCUCCCAUUGCCAAUGUAUUUACAGUAAUUACAAGCAUCUAUUAUGUGAGCAAGGAUACAACUGUAUGCAAAAACAAACAAAAAAAGUCUUUGGAACUUUUCAUUUACUGCUGCUGCCGUAAUUUAAACUUUGUCAUCUUGUUGUACUUUCUUUUGAUAUUCCCUUUUUUUUUUAUACAUAAUUCUCCCUCGACAUAACUUAUGUUAACUGCUUCUUGACCAUAAAGAACAAAGGUCUAAUGAUGGGUGUGCUUAUAAUUUGAUUUUGUAUUUUCUUUUCCUUUUUUUUUUUUUUUAACCUUAUGUUUUAAAAGAAACAAAACUGUGCCUAUGUUUAGAGUGAUCCAGUGGCUCAUUUCUAAACACAAUUGUCCAUGAGAAUACAAAGAUAUAAAUUAUUUCAGUAACUUUUUUUAUUAUUAUUAUUAUUACUGCUGUUUUUACCUUUUGUUUUUAUUUUCUUCAUAAUUUUUAGUGACCCUCUUGCAUUAACCCGUCACUAUUAGUUGUGGAAUCGGGAGACCUUUUUUAAACCUAUAGCAGCAGUAGUUGUUCAAAAUUAAGCUAGUAAUGUAUACAUAUGAGAAAUGCCAAUCACUCAUGCUUGAAGAGAGGACAACCUGGACUCUUUGAAAAACAGGUGGCACUGCAGCCCUGUCUUUACUGAUUGAAUCCAACAAGGAAAGGUGUUGGGGGAGUCAAACAUACAUAGGUGAUGGGAUAAAUCGAUGUCUUUUUAAUGUAUGUAUACGAAUCCUGGUUGUUGCCUUGAGUACAAUUUUUUUUUUUUUUUUUUUUUUUUUUUUUUAGUCCUGUUUACUCAUAUGAUAUUCAGUGUUGCGUAGCUGUCACCCAGUUGAUCAUUGACCAACAUAUCAAGCGUUUUCAAGUGAUGAACCUCUGGAGCUUCAGAAAAAGAUUUGAUAAUAAAACAUUGACAGGUAACUCCUUCCGGACACUUACUUUUUUUUCCUUUUAAUGUUUUCUUUGACGUGGUCUCCUGAGAAUAUAAAUUGCAUUAAGGAAAAUACUCCCUUGAUUUAUAUUGAUUUGUAAUUUAACUUUUUUCAACAUCUUUUGUCCCACACUGUCCCAGCAAUGCUGCUGCUCUUAUGCACUUUUUUUUUCUUUUUUCUUUUUUUAAAUUGAAGACAUUGGCAUCCUCUAUAUAAAGACGAAAACGCAAUAGCCUCUCAUUGGUUAUUUUAAAUGAGGGGCGUUUUGUUUCAUAAGUAUUUUAUCUGUUGAAACGGUUUAACCUGUAAAUUUGUAUCGAUUAAAUAUUUGUUUUGUGGGCUCAGAAUAUAUCAUUAACUUUCUUUGGGGAAGUUUUAUCCUGUCGAUCUUAAAAGGAGCUUGCUCUCUUGAACUGUAAAAGGGUCUCUGAGACAUUUUAAGAUUCCCACAUCCUGCAAGAUAAAAAGGCUUCUGCCGAUUCAGAUGAGCAUAGUUUAUUUUAAAUUAAGUGUUUUUCUUUUUCUAAACGAUGAAAAAUGUAUUCAGUUAGUAUUAUUUCAAUGGACUGUACAUUAAAAAUCCCAACAAUAGGUAAUCAAACUUUUUUUUUUUUUUUUUUUUGGAAAUUGUUUUGCAUCCCAGUUCCUUAUCCAAUCAUGAUUCUGUUUUUCUAUUGAACUGUGUGGGUCGACUUUCUUUGCAGCAGCUAGGUGUGUUUUGGUGGCAUGUGGUCCGGCCUCCUGGGCGGAAUUAGGGGUGAGGGGUGAGAGGGGAGGUGGGGUUGCAAAACGCUGCUUCUAUUUUACCAGCAGAACCUGUUGCUGCUUUUCAUGGACUUCAAACAUAUGCUGUCGGUGACGGAGGGAGCCGAGCAGGGCGAGGAGGAGGCGGGAACCGAUCCACUCCCAACACUGACUCAAAAAACCUGACCAGGGGACAAAUCCACUGACCUUUUUUUUUUUUUUUUUUGAUUUGGCGUCAGGCCCGGUGGUUUUCACACAGAUCAAAUCGUUCGGACACAACGAUGCGACGACACAACAACAAGGUGCAUAUUUGAGCUUAACGCAGUUACAGUACAACGAGACUGUCGGAAAAAGACAAAAAAAUUGUAAAAAGGGCUUUCUGUGUUCACGCUCAACAACACACCGGAGGCAUUGCAUUCCUGGGUUUUAUAUAAAAGCUUUGGAAGUUUCUCUCUUUUUUUUUUUUUUUGGUGUAUUUACUUUUAGCUGUAAACAAUUGUGUGAAAAAUGCCUUCAACGAGUACUCAAAAGUGAGAUGUGCAUUAGGUAUGCAGCGUGAGUGCUGUGACCCAUUUUUACAUUCAGUCUCUCUGUUUUGACUUUUUUCCAUGUGCCAUUUUGCAAGGUUGAGAAUGAAUUUCAGUGCAUGAAGGCGCAGAGGAUGAUGGGAGGUGAAUCCGAGGCGGGCUAAAUCGACUGGAGAGCAUUUAUCUGAUCGUGGAAUGUAGUUUUAACGUGCUGUCGGGCCGAGAUGGAGAACACCCUACUGGCCCGUCCGGUCAGAGGCACGACUCGUUGCUGGAUCAAAGCGAUGACGUGUUGCAUACUGGUGCAUCCAAAAUAAUUGGGAGUAUUUGUGUUUAUUUUUCUAUUGUCCGUGAUUUUAGGCCAUGGAGAGCAUCGCAGAAUCAAAGUCUUUUCGCUCCUUUUUUGCUUUCUUUCUUUCUGUUCCCUGUUCACUUUCUUGCCUGGUUAUUUUGUACAGGAAACAAGCAUGUUGAACACAUAUUUGACAUGAUUUGUCUGGGUCAGAAUCAGGCGUUUCUGCAUAGAAGACUUGGAUUUAGUGGCUAUUUGGUGUAUCUGCAAAUGCUCCUUUUUUGUAUAUUGCGAAGGGUGUUGGAAGCAUUGUGUGGCAAUGCUUCUCCUACUUAAUCUACAUUGACAAGCAGCCUUAAUGGUCUUUUUUUAUGUGUUCGUUUGGCUAUUCCUUGUGUCUAUGGCCACUGACUGUACUUGAUGACAAGCAACUGGUCGUUACGAUGUAAAUUUGGGUCUAGUUUCUUCUGUCUUAUUUUUCCUUUUACUCUGUACAGUAAACUGGUAGACUCAGUAUUACAAGAUCUGUAAUGUGAUGAGAGUUUUACAUGAAGAGUGCAAUGGAAGAUGAUGCCAUUAUGCUAAGUGGAUGUGCAUUAGCUUACGUCUCGCUUGUCUUUGGCAUUAAAGGGGAAUUCCACCAAAACUGACUUGCAUUGUUAUUUUACUAGAAACAUUUAUCUGUGUUUCAAUUUGAUCUACAGUUUAUAUCAUAUUAAAGUUAGACACAUUAGACAGAAUUAAGCUUCUUUUAGGUUCACAUAAUCUUCAUGGUGAGAGCACAUAACAUCAAACACUUUUUUUCUUUUUUCCCAAAUUCUCAGUUUUGGUGGAACGGCCCUUUGAUGUGAAGCUGCCCUCUCUUUCCCCACUGCAUCUGAUCCCCAUCCGCUCCACCUCUCUAUAGUGACUUCACACAUUUACUUGACUGCCUUACGCGCACCAAGCAAAACCUUUAUGACCGUUUAAACAACAGAAACAGAUAAUCAUUUCUUCUUUCUUUAACGUCAGUAAAGGGACCUUGGAUCGAACAGAUGUUAAAAGUUUUUUUUUUUUUUUUUUGGGUCAGUUGUCUCUUGACUGGACGAGCAGAUGCAGACAUGACUACCUCUAUGUGAGUCUCCAUUGCUAACCACAGUGACCAAGAUCCAGUCUGAGGGGUUUCUACCUGUGUUGGGAUUCGGACCAGCAACUCAGCAACAGUUUGUUUUAACACAGCACCCUCCUGUUGUUUUACUUUGGAUAUAUGCCUUUACUAAAGCAUUAUCUGGCAAAUGGAAAAGAGGACAGUGAAGACACUGAUGUUACCGUACCUGCUUGGUUGUAAAUGACAGACUUAAUCAAUGCCGCCCCAUUGUAAGACAGUUACCCUGGAACCAACUAGUUGCAGAGUGCUACUUUGCAAAUGAGUGAAAAUGACCAUGUUUGGUGGUGUUCUGUAUGUACAUACAUCUUUUUAACUGUAAUAAACUGAUAAAUAUUUACAA